AUGACAUACAAAAACGCGCUAAAGCCGCUCCGAUAUCUUCCGGGCGUUACCCGCAGUGGCAUUUCUCGCUGUCAGCUCUAUAACAACCACCCGACUCUCUCUCCCCCUGCUGACACUCACAAACACACACAAGCACACAAUCACAUGUCCCUCAACAUCACUAUAUCCAACGAAAUCAACGGCGAGGUAUACGGCCCCAUCGAACUCAACCACGACAUGGCCCUCUCGGACCUCCUCGCUCUGUUGCAGAUCGAUUGCCACUACAAUGGCGCCAAACACGAUCUGUACGUCAACUCCACCCUCAUCGACCCACAACAACAGAACGACAAGACGUUAAAAGACUUGAAUUUCAAAGACGACGAUCUAUUGCUACUAAGACCAAAAUUCAACGCGACUUCAACUGCCGCCACCGCCGCGUCCCAUGACGACGACGAUGACACAUUCCUCUCCCUCUUCAGAAACGAACUUCUAAGAAACGAAACCCUGAGAAACCAAUUCGCUGCAAACGUACCAAACCUACAACAACUGCUAGACAACGAACAACAAUUCAAACAACAACUGGGCCCGCUUCUCCUACAACAGAGACACCAACAACAGGCAAACCCGUUCGGUAUCCCGCAACAAGAGUACCAGACCUUAAUGACAAACCCGGAUCAUCCGGCAAAUGCAAAGAGAAUCGCAGAAUUGAUAGAUCAACAGGCUAUCGAUGAACAAUUGCGUAAUGCCCUGGAAUAUACUCCGGAAGUCUUCUUCCCCGUGCCCAUGCUCUAUGUCAAUUUGGAAAUAAAUGGAAGCCCAGUGAAGGCCUUCGUAGAUUCAGGUUCUCAAAUAACUAUAAUGUCCAAGUCGUUGGCCGAGAAGUCAGGGUUGACGAAAUUGAUCGAUAAGAGGUAUGCCGGGGAGGCCAGGGGCGUCGGCAGGGGCGAAAUUAUAGGGAAGAUUCAUCAAGCUCAAGUGAAAAUUGAAACUCAAUUCGUUCCCUGUAGUUUCACAGUGUUGGAUUUGGAUAUCGAUAUGUUGUUGGGGUUGGAUAUGUUAAGAAGACAUCAAGGUUGUAUCGAUUUGGAGAAAAAUGUAUUGAGAUUUGCUGGAGUGGAAACAAGAUUCUUAAAUGAAUCGGAAAUACCAAAGAGUGAAAUAUUCGAACAAAAAUUGGAACCAACAAAGCCAACUCCAACAUCUUCCAUACCAAAACCUUCUCCGGGAGCAGUAGCCAAACCAGUACCAAAGACAGCCACGGCCACCGCCACGGUGCCAACUGCAACUGCAACAACAGCACCACACACCACACAAAGAACUUUCCCAGAACCACUGAUCAAACAAGUCACAGAUCUAGGGUUCACCAGAACAGAAGCCAUCAACGCAUUAAAUAGAACAGGUGGUAACGCAGAACUCGCAGCAGCAUUAUUGUUCCAGUGA